AGGGGAAGGGCAAACAGCGCGCGAUGGAUUACGGUGAUAUCGGCAGCUAUGGAGGAGGAGGUUUCAUCGCCUCUCAGUCAGGAGGCGGAGGCGGCGGAUCGGGAAAGAAGAGCAAUGCGGAGAAGGGAAUGCUUCCCGUGUCGAUCAAGCAAGUCAUGAAUGCGCCGCAAGACUCGCAGGACGAGGACAUCAAGAUUGACGGGAGAGACACCAAGCAAGUCACCAUCAUCGCCUACAUCGUGGACGUGAAAGAGACCAGCACAAGCGUGACCUUCUCGCUCGAGGACGGGACAGGCAACAUCGACGCCAUCAUGUGGAUUGAUCAGGAUGAGAGCGAGUUCAUGGUUCGCUCUCGUGCCGAGUGGGUGGUGGGGACGUACGUGCGGGUGGUGGGUCAAGUCAGGUCGCACAACGGCAAGAGGAGCAUGGUUGCCUUCCACCUGCGCACUGUGACAGACUUCAACGAGCUCACUUACCAUCUCUUCGACACCAUUCACGCCCACCUGUACAAUACCCGAGGACCUCUCGCCGACUCGAAGCCGCAGACUGGCUUCCCCAGCUCGAGCUUCCAGUCCCCCGGCAAGCCCAGCAUGGGCCCUGGCUUCACAUCUCCCAGCCAGCCCGGAGGUGCUGGGGCUGGCAGAGUGGACAGCUCUCGUCCUGCUGGAGGCCCCGUGACGGACAUGCGGGAGGCCGUGCACAAGGCGUUCAUCGACUUCGGAGCGACGGGAGACCUGACGGGGCUGUCCAUCGACAACUGCGUGCAGCAGGUCUCGCGGGUGAUGGGGAGGAGCGUCUCCCGGGCAGAGGUCUCGUCCCACAUCGAGAACCUUGCGCUGGACGGCCACAUCUACUCUACCAUCGAUGAGGAGCACUUCUACCCCUCGUGA